AUGUUCUGGAAGGAGACGAUGCCGCAGCUCGUCCGUGAUAGCGAAGCUCUGCGCAGUGCUAACCUGGCCGUCCACACGCUCAUGCUGGCCAAGGGCCCGGAUCCCGCGCGGCGGCCCGAGGCGGCGACAGCGCCCGACUAUUACGGCCGGGCUCUCGACUGCUACGGCCAGGCUCUCAGGGCGGCGCGUCAGGCCACCAGCGCGAGCCACGCCGACCUUCGCGAGGCUGUUCUCUGCUCCCUCUUCUUCGCCGCCUUCGAGUUGGUCAACGACGACCAGGCCGCGGCGGCAGCACAUCUGCAGAGCGGUCAGAGAAUACUCGACGCCGUGACGCCGGCGGAGCGCCCACACAUACGGAGUCAGCUGCGACAUAUUACUCGAUUUCUCGCCCUCGAGGCUCGAGGGGCCUAUCCUCACUAUUACGACAUCGCCAUCCUCAAUAUGCUUUAA